AUGGCGAUCGCCACCGACUUGGAUGCUGUGCGAGCAACGAAAGCCACUAAGCUGGUGCAGAAUCAUCUAGACAGGCAGCUCCAGACCAUCACAGCUGCCCUGGAAAAGGCAGUGGAUCCUGUUGUCACCAAGAUCAAGGCCUUGCACGAGCGGCUGAAACAGCCCGGGCAAGAGAAGAAGGCUGUCGCGGGUACCAAGGAAAUCUUGGACCUCGCGGCGCAAGCGCAGAGCCUGGCCCCCGAGGUGAAGGGCGUGGCUAAGUCACUGUUGGAACAGCUGGUGGGCCACGCGGUGUGGCUUUUGGAGGUCGAGUCCGCCUGGGCCACCAGCGCGGAAGGUUGCGAGGAGGUCCUGAGCCUGGCGACGCGCAUCGAUGAGAUGGCGACGAAGCUUACGGCAACGCUUGGGGCGACGUGGGAUCCGCCCAUCACCCCUCAAGUCGAGGGCAUCAGAGAUGACAGGGCCAAGGCAGCCUGUGCCCAGCUCCUGGCCGAAGCCGACAAGCAGCUGAAAAGCGACAACGGCGGUGGGGCCUACGAUUGCUUACAGGCGCUCUUGCCCUGGUGGCCUCUGCUCAAAAAGAGCCACUCCCUGGAGAUCGUGGGCCUUUUCAGCAAGAUGCAAACCUACGCCAGCGAGGCCUUCCUGCAAGCAACCGCCGAGGGACAGACCUCCACGGCAGAGGAGAUCCGGGGUUUUGCGGUGCAAUUCGACGAGCUGCGGGGCAAGUUUGACGGCCUGCCGCCCGUGGCUUCGGGUCGUCCUCUGGGAGAAGUUCUCGAGACCGGUGAGGCGAGAGUUCAAGCUUCAAAGGCACUGCAGACCAUCGACUCAGAGAUCGCCAAGGAGAAGGACGAUGACGACAGCACCAACUUAAGCCUUGCCACGACAAUCCAGGCUCUGGAAUCUCUGGUGGUGGCCUGGCCUACAGCCACCUCCAGCGAUGCCGGAGAGCUCCAAAAGCGCAUGCUGAGCAGCUGUGCCGCUUUGGAGGCCUGGACCUUUGAGGCCGUCACCAAGGGCCCAGUGAAGCAAGUGACGGGUCUACUGCAGUUCGCAGCGGAGUACGACGGCCGUCGCGUGAAGCUCGAGCCCGAGGCCGCUUCGGAAGCUCUGAGGCCACGCCUGGCCUCGGAGGCCGCAAAGCGAUUCCUGCAGCAAGCCGACCAGGAGCUGGCAAAGACCAGCGGGAUGAGGGCCAACCUGCUGCUGGAGAGCCUCAAAGCUGCAGCCGCCGCCAUCCCGGGCGAAAGCGGCUCACCCGAAGCCCGCACGGUGCUUCUCAGGGUCAUGGCCGCCACCCAGGACAGGCUUCUUGCAUCUUUCGCAGAUGUCCUCACUGCCGAUGGGGAGAAUGAGAAGAAGGAGGUGAUGUUGCUGAAGUUUGCAGAGUCUGCCGAUGAGGUACAGAAGGCCUGCUCUAUCGAUGGCAUGUCGCUGGUGGAGGCAAUGAAGCAGAAGCGGGUUGAGAUGACGGAAGAGCUUACAAGCAGGCUCGACGACCAACUAUCGGCAGGACUAUCCUCCGUCACUGAUCUUUGUGCACUCGCGCGGCUUUGCAAGAAACUGCCAAGUACGGAAACUCAGCACUUCCGGAGUGCGGCGGCUGUUGCAGAGAAGUUCCGGCAGGUGGCUGCAUCGCAGCCCAGUGUGGCCGAGGAAACGCUUCAAGGCAUAGAAGGCGUUUUGCAAGCUCUUCAAGACUUGGGCUGCGCGACGGACGGAUUUCGGGAUCACUUGGUCUCUCAG